AAUCAGAUUUAAUACAUACGCAGCGAGAGCGUCGGUAUUUGAUCUCUAAAACCAGUCAGGAAAAGCGCCACCGAGAAUCACUACCACCGCCGCCACUUUUUAUCAAAUAUGGAGGGAGUAGGGGCCAGGCUCGGGAGGUCAUCGACCCGUUACGGCCCCACCACCGUUUUCACCGGUCCGGUUCGAAGGUGGAAGAAGAAGUGGGUUCACGUGCCGCCGCCUAAUUCCAACCACCACCAUCACACCGCAGCUAAUGGAACCGUUAACGCAAGUAAUGGCUCCUCUCAUCUCUUGCUCUACAAGUGGACGCCCAUGGCUCCCACCCAACCAAAAGAUAGUAGCCACAACGAUAGUAACGGUGGUAGUGAUGACGCCAAGAUCUCCAAUAAAGACGACGGUGUCGCGGCAGAGGAGCUUCCAAAGAAGAAAUUCAAGUAUAUUCCGAUCAUUGUGCUCGAAGAACAAAAAAAUGAGUCCUCAGAGCAGUUGGAGGAUGAAAACGAGCCAAUUGAAACUGAGGGAAACACAGUGGAGGCAUCCUCCAAACGUGAUGGAUACGACGGAAAGCCCGACAUCAAUGAUGUACCCAUGGACGAAAACCAGGCUACAGAGAAGAAUCCUGUAAAACGGCAGGAUCUCAAUGAAAGCACCUUGGAUUUGAGUUUGGGGUUGAAGGCUCAUGAUGGUGAAAAGGAAUCGAAAUCAAAGGCGAACAAAUUUAAAGACGGUCAAGCACAGUAAAUGAGCAGCAUGCUCGUGGGAUCGUGUGCGUUGCUUGAUUCAAGCUAAAGACUAUGAGGACCGUUUGGCCACCCAAGAACACGGGUGCUCAAGACGAGUAAUUCGAAGCAACUUGUGGCUGUAAUUUUAGGUUUCAUUUUGCAGCAUCCCCUGUUGGAAGUGAUUGCCAUUUGUAUGAUGUCAUCUCCUCGGGGAUGACAUCAAUAUUUUUUACUCUAAUGAUAGAUUAAAAUUUUCAUAGUAAUAUUAAGUUGUUUAUUGUGUAAUGAAAACUACCACGAGCUCGACUGUAAAUGAUUCCAGUCCAGCAGUUAGGCCGCUAGAUUUCCUUCUUUUCUUAUGUACUCAAACAUUAUGCACUUGAUUGCUCCUCUGUGGAGUAGAUGAGAAAAGUCUUUUUGAUGACAUAA